UUGUAUAUAAACACGGCAGAAAACGGUCAAAUGCAUCAGUUACUGAACUGCCUGAAUCAGCUUAACCAACUCUCAACAUGAAGCUCUUCAUUGUUCUCACACUCGUUGCUGUUAUCGUCGCAGACGAUGGCUAUUAUUCGGCCCCUUCUUACCCAUCUUAUUCGGCCUCAUCUUAUUCUUCUUAUUCGGCCCCGUCUUAUUCGGCCCCGUAUUACCCGUCGUACACCACGAAAGUUCUAGUUUACCCGCCUCCUUAUUACGAGACCGUCGAAUACGCUGGGUACACACGUGCUGGCAAAAAGGGCAAGAAGGCCGUUCCAGUUUAUAAAACAGUUAACAAGUACUAGGACCCAAAAAUUCAUUCAUCAAUGUUGAAUUUCGUAUUUGUCUGCAUCCUUUAAAAAUUAUUUAUUUAUAAAAUCAUAUUUCAGUUAUCUUAAUACUUAACAGCACAGAUAAUAUUAUGCACUUUACCGUGUUCAAGUAAUGCCCCAUAUAUUUGUACUUUGAUGAAUACAAAAUGCUGAAAAGAAAA